GAGGCCGUAUCCUCCUUUUGCCCUCGGGGUUUUGAUUCAAGUUUCUUCUCAAUGAUUUUCGUGUGCCUUCUUUCUAUCCUGUUUUUCCCUUUGUGUUUUGGAUUUUGCAUUUAUUUGUGUGCAGGUCCCGCGCGCGUCGCUGCAAGGUGGUGGCGUGCUGCGGCGGCCGGCUGCGAACUGUGCAUGCGCCUCCAGCAGCGGCUGGCAGGCACACGCUCUGCACGCAGGCGUAGGCAGACCGAGGCAGCAGCGCCGGCUUGCACGAGGGGCAGGCGGCCCUGGCUCUGGACACGAAGCAAGCGGUUGGUGCUCUCCUCCCAGCCAAUCAGUUUUUUGGCGCAGCAUCGCAGGAAGGAGGUUGGAACUGGUGUGCGUGUGUGGGAAACUCAUGGGUGGAAAGCUGGCUGCCUGGUGCAAGUUUCACCAACGACCACAAGGUGUUCGUAGCAAUGCCACACAAGGCUAAGAGGCUGGACAGGCUAGCGGCACGCAGGUUUGAUACAUCUGGUUCUCUAAGCCAGGCUUCAGCAAUGCGAGGGAGGAUCCGAAACUGGCUUGCUGGAAAUGCGGGGAUCGAGCGUUUCCAAGAAGCUAGGCUUGCACAAACCUUGCUAGCUCAAGAAAUCGGCGGCGCGGAUGCCUCCACUUGGCCACUCCUCCCUCCCCUCCGCUGCGAGCCUCCCUCUCGGUCCCACGCCGGGCAGCUCCGCGCCUUCCCCGCCAGCACACUUCAGCGCCAUCUAUGCCCCGCUGGCUUCGGCACCCUUCGGGCUGCGGCGGCCGCGGCCGUGUCCCAUUAUCCACCACAAGCCAUCGCCCCUCACAUCCGCGUGGCAAUCCACCCACCUAUGCGCGAGGUGAGCUUGGCAUCCAAUCCAAUCUAGUCUUCAUCUCUUCGGCUCGUGUACUCAGAUUUUAUAUUCAUCAUGUACUGAGAUUUUUCAUCGACUUUUUUAUUGGUCGAGGACAUAUCAUUUCUUUUUGUUAUGUUGAUUUAAGAGGAUU